AACACACAUAUAUAGCCCCUAGGAAAUAUGUGAUGAAAACGACGUUGGAAACGAUAGGAGUUUUCAGGGAAAUCAGGAAGAAGAGUAACUAGUAAGUCGUCGAAAAAUCUGCACAGUGAAAAAAAGCACGCACUAUAUAAACAAUAUGUAACUCGAGCAAUGAAUAGUUUUGCGUGAGACAUGCGUACAAAACUUUAUUAUACAAAAUAUACCAAAUGAGAUUGAAUCACCUCAAAAGUAUUCCAGACUGUAGUGAAAGUAUGGAGCAUACAAAUGAAGUAACAACAAAUGAUAACCAAGGCUCACAAGAUAGUGCCAUUUCACCAUCAAUGGCACCAGCUAAUAAUGUGUCCAAUGGUGGUACCAAAGCUCAAUAUAAUUGGGUGGACAUAACGAAAGAGUUUCAAACAUCAGUGCAAGACCUGGUGCUAGGAGAACUGCUUCAUGACACACUGUUUGGCCUUUUUGAAGCUAUGUCUGCUAUUGAAAUGAUGGAUCCAAAGAUGGAUGCAGGCAUGCUAUGUAACAGAGGUAACAAGAAAGCCAAUUCAUUUGAUCAAUCAAUAGAAGAUGGAAGUAUAUUGUUAUGGGGCAUAAGUAACUCAGACUUAAUUGGAAUAAUUGAUACAACUCUGGCAUGCAUGGUAUCAUGGCUGGAAGGACAUUCAUUGGCUCAAACGGUUUUUACUAAUUUAUACCUGCACAAACCAUACCUCAUUGAGGACUGUACUCUUAAGGCAUUUUGUAUUGCCAUAUAUAAGCUACUGGAUAUCAUAAAGGAUUGUAUUCAAAAAGCAAUGGUUUAUGAAGAAGAAGAUUUUCAAGGCAUGCAGUACGGAUAUUAUUUGUAUCCCGAUGUCAGUGUACAGCAUGUGGUUGGUAUGCUGCAUGAAGUCGAAGAAGAACUUGACAAGGAAGCCCGUGCGUUAUACUCGAACGGUGCGCAAUCCAUGGAGGUACAGGCAGAAGAAAUAGUGGCGAUAUAUUCACGUAUAAAAUUUGUACGUGUGCUAUAUCAAACACUACUAUUGUUUGUUCAUAAACGCGACGAACAUUUGUCAGUAACACCCGAAGUACAGAAGUUAAUCAAGGCUAAAUUAAAAAUUGCAUCGGAUUUGAUCUUUGUGAUGAUUAAAACGACUCACAUGGGAACACAAGCAUUGUCUGAAAAUUCUCCAAUACUGGGUUUUGAACCACUUAUAAAUCAACGGUUGUUACCGCCUACGUUUCCACGCUACACGAAAAUCAAACCCAGAUACGACGCUCUAGUUUACUUCGAGAAUAUGAUUGAACGUUUUAAAGUUCUCUCAAAUAUCAACAUGGUGACCGCUCUUAAUCAAGCCUUGGAUUUUUUCAUCGAAUUCAGCAAAACAUCGCCCUGUAUUUUGUCACGAUCUGCUCUGCAAUUAUUAUACGUGGGCAGCUAUAGUGUUAUAGCAAAUACAAAUGUCAACGUCCUUAAGGAUAUAUUGAAAGACGCCGCGAAGCAAUUCAUCUCGCCGCCAGCACUUACGACAAAAUCAGUGUUAUACAACCAACAAGCACGCCCGUACGUCGACACAUUUUUCACGCAUUGUAUGCGUGCAUUUGCUAGUUUCCUGCAACUGUGCGGGCACAAUCGCGCGAGACAGCGUGACAAACUGGCGCACUUGUUAGAAGAGUUCACUAGCUUACAGGAUGAAGCGGAACGUGCGGAUGCAUAUCUUCAUAAUCUCACAAGUAAUGCAACCCAGUCUCGACCACACCUUGCCUGCUUCGGCACGUGGAUUCUAUAUCACACUUUACGGAUUAUGAUUAUGUAUCUGCUCAGUGGAUUUGAGUUGGAAUUGUAUAGCGUCCACGAAUAUUACUACAUAUAUUGGUAUUUGUAUGAGUUCUUAUAUGGAUGGCUGGUAUCUGCGUUGACUAGAGCAGACAGUUUUCUGGCCGAGCAGGAAUUGCUCACUGAACUACAAAAGAACAAAGGCUUGAGCAAGAAAAAGACUAAAUUAAACAAAAAACGGUCACGACCAUAUUUAAAAGAGUCAGUUUAUUAUCAAGCGCUGCAGAAUAUGUGCGGCGGAUAUUACAAGGCUCUUAUGGCAUUCCGAAUGGAUGGGAAACUACAAAUGCCAAAUCCCGAAUUUGACAACGAACGUGUACGAUAUGAUCAUCGGUUUGCCCCAUUUCAAAAUUUGUUAGCUCCGCCGCCUGUACACUAUCCGGAAUUUCUGGAAUUAACAUCGGCUGCUCGUUUCACCCCGCAACAACAGCCCAUCGACAGCCUUGCGUUGUAUACAACUGGAUAUAAACACUUUUACCAGGCGCGCCAGUUGCUCGAGAGCAUUCAACCAGCUGAUGCAGAAAUAAUCGAGCUUAUACGGAUUUCGAAAACUAAUUUCGUCGUGCUGAAGUUAUUAGGUGGUGGACACAAGAAAGAGUCUACAAGACCGCCGGAAUUUGACUUUUCGACAAAUCGACACUUUCCCAUCAUUAAACUAUGUUGAUCGAAA